AGUCGAAAAUAGUUACAACUGCCAAGCUAUUUAUCCUAACAAAGUCGUAACCUCCAAACGGUGCCAAACCCAAAGGGUAGAGAGAGAGAAAGAGAGAGAAAGAGAAGAGAGGGAAAACCAAACCCUAACUCUCCUUUCUCCUUUCUCCUUUCUCCUCUUUCCAAUUUCUCCGGCGAAGAUGUCAACGUUACCGGCGAUGGCCACCGACGAUGACGACAUGCAAGAGAUUAUGUUCGCCAAGAGAAACUGCACCUGUUUCUGGAUGCCGUGUUUCCCAUCCGAAACGUCGCCGUCGUGGUGGGAGCGGGUGCAAACGCCGGAGAACAAGGAGCGGUGGUGGGCCCGAGGGUGGAAGAAGGUGAGGGAGUGGUCGGAGAUCGUGGCGGGACCGAAGUGGAAGACCUUCAUACGGCGUUUCAACAACAACAACAAGACUCGCGGCGUUUCCUACGUCAAGCACGGCUCCUUCAACUACGAUCCGCUCAGCUACGCCCUCAACUUCGACGACGGUAGCGUCAUCGGAGAAGAAGUUUACGGUUACGGCGGUUUCUCCGCGCGCUUCGCUUCCGUUCCGGCGUCGGCGAAGUCCUCCAUGGACCUCGGGAAAGACGGCGCACCGACGUUCACGUGAGGAUCGCGUGCCGCGUAUAAGGGAAAAAGAGGAACAGAUUGUGCGCCGUGUUGGCUAACGUGCACAGGUAGCGGAAUGCGCACCGUUUCUUGAUUAGGAUGCCAGCGAGGUGGUGGUAGUGAAAUGAAUGGGCAAUGGAUAACAAUACGUUGAAUCUUUGUUCCUACUUCAUUAGUGAUUGAAAUUAGUAGUUUUAUAUAUAUAUAUAUAUAUAUAUAUAUAUAUAUAUAUAUAUUUCAUUUGAUGUAUAUUCUGAAAAAAGGUUGCCGAAACAAGAAUAAUUCUCUGUGAUGGCUGCUCUUGAAAUUUCAUUGAAAUCUUUUUCAGUUAAUGGGAUUUGACGUCAAGAAAGUAGCAAAAGAAAGUUAAGGUAAGUGAUGAUUUUUUCUUUUUCUUUUUCUUUUUGAAAAAAAUGGUAAUUUCAUUAAAAAAUAGUAUGAGUCUUAGAAAAAACGAGUGAUUUUUUUAGUAUUUUUUAAUUGAAUGA